GUAUGAUAUUAUCCAUCGAUGGAUUUAAAAAAAUACCGCGUGUCAGCGUUGGUUUAAUAUAUGUAUAUAUGAAUUAUAGAUAAAGCAUUAGUGUGUGUGUGUUUCCGCGUAAAGAGUUAGUCGCUGCUACAAGUGUACUAUAAAAAGUAGUUGCAGUUGUGUGCGUAUAUCCAUGGCAAACUCGAAUCGACUGGCUAACUGUGUUUAUGUAUACUGUAUAGACUGAAUUUUAGGUGCGGCGCUAUUGUGUGUGCGUGAGUAAAAAGUUAGUUGCGUCUAUGUGUGCGCGUCUGCUCUGCUUUUGUUAACACUUUCAAAUCAAGUGUAACACGUGAGCGUAAACACGUGAAACAAUAGAAAAAUUUUUUAAAUUAACGUUCAAUAUGAGUGAUAAUAAUUCCGACAUCGAAGGACCAACUCAAUAUGUAGUUGUGUGUUUUUUACCACGACGAGGUUCUGGUUACGAUGAGAUUGAUUUGGUCCCCUAUUCAUGGCUUGACACCAUUGAUGAAAAAGUAUACUGCUAUUAUCCGAAUACAAAAAAAGAUUUAAAAAAAAGAGAGAAAUAUUUGAAGAAAAAUUCUCUACCAAAGAAAAGCUGGAUACUUUGUGAAGUCGAAAUAAUCUCUUGUUCUGAUACUUUAGAAAAAGGAAAACGGCACUUACUACGUGCCGAAACCACGAUAAAUGUCAACACUGACGACCCAGGACGAGCUAUUUCCCCGACUGUUCAACAACUCUCAUCUGCAGGUAUAAGUCGAGAAUUAGAUGAUAUAGAGGGUAUUGAUUCAGUUUUAUCAAGAAAUGAUCCAAAGAGUAUUGUUACUGAAAAAAAUCGACCCAAAAAAUCAUCAAGAAAAAAAGAUCUAGCCAGUGGUACAUCUCAGGUAGCCAGUGGUACAUCUCAGGUUUUGAACGACUAUCUUAAUGAUACUGACUCAGUGUCUUCGUCGUUAUUUGAAAAUAGUAAUUUUUCUCGAGCUGCUCUCAGUAACAAGUCAGAAAAACUUAAAAAUGGGUCUAAAAGAUUACCUGAGAUAAAUGCAGACAUGACAUACGACGGUGCUUGUAGCAAUUGUGGUUUAUCUAAAGAAUAUAUUGAAUUAAAAUUCACUGAAAUAUCGAAAAAGCUAGAUAAAAUGAAGUUCAGUCUUCUAUAUGAAAUACAGAAGCAAGGCGGCAAUAUAAAAACACAAGUUAUCAUGAAUUCUGCAUCAAGUAAGGCUCCUAACAAGACAUUGAGUGAAGCCAGAGAAAUUUAUAUAGAAAUAUUUCCUUUUGAUAACCUUGAAAGCUUUAAGAAAUUUGAUGAUAAAUUAGAUAAUGAAAAUGAAAAGAGUAAUUUAAAAAACUUAUUUGAAGUAUUAACUUAUGGUGAGAAAGAUGUUAAUACUUGCAUUCGAAAGACACUGUCUGAAGUUAUUACUCCAGAAGUUCAACAGUUCUACUCUGGAGCUGGUCGUAUGAUUCGUGAUGAGGGCAAACUAAAUUUUAGUGCAACUAAAACAUAUGUUUGUUUAUCAGAUAUUAUACAAAAAAAAUUCGGUGACUCGGACCAAACUAAAAAUUUGAGAUCGAGCGUUGGGUCAUUUUUGGCAAACUUUGGGGACAGAGAUGGCAGUAAGCGAAAACGGGCGUAAAUUAUAAAGUUUAAGAAAAUUUUUCAUUACUAUCACCAUUAUCAUUCUAACUAUUAUUACUACUAUUAUGAUUAU